AUGAUCCGUAGCAAAAAAUCUGCACAAAACAAUAUGACAUCUGCUGCAGAUAUAGCUAAGGACACGAGAUCUGAAUUCGAAAAAGCAGGUUUUGAUGUUCCUCCGGUAAAUAUUCGAAAUGCAGCACAAGCUUCCAAGGAAAUAGAAUACCUUUCUGAAAAGAUUGCUCAAGGCGUUGAAUGGGAUGAACAAGUUAAGGCAAUAAAACGAGGAAUGGGUCUAGUCAAUGACGGAGCCUUAGAAUUUGAUGAAUUUUCAGACAAGCUUUCAAAUUUAGGACCUGGACUUGUUGCUGGAUGUUGUAAUUUACGAAGUGCAUUAGUCAAACAAUCAUGUUUAUUUAUAGCGCAAUUAGUUCAUAAUUUACGCAAAAAAUUCGCUGUUUUUGGUGAAGUAAUAGCGCCUUUGUCAAAACAAACUACGCAUGGAACAUUGAUUAUAGCCGAAAGCUGCAAAUUAGCAAUUUUCGAAAUUGUAAAAUAUUGUCCAAAGAAAAAUGUAUUUUUCAGCAUUGUUGAUUUGUCAAAAUCCAAAGCUGGUGAAAAUAGACAGAUCUCAGCAGAUUCUUUUAUUCUAAUGUUAAAUUUUUGGGGAAAACACAUUCUUGAUCAAUAUAACGAAAUAGUAAUGAGAACAUUAAGACUAUUAUUGGUUGACUCACAACCACUUGUCCGGAAUUCAGCUAGAAUUGCUUCAAAAUUAUUUGCAUCAAAAUUCUCGAAAUAUUCAGAGCUAUUUCUUGCAACAUUAGACUCCAAGACUAAAUCUGCUGUUUUGUCUGCUGAAGUUCCUCCAGGAACGCCUCCAAUUAAAGAAACUCAAGAUGAUGUUCCUGAAGUCCAUUGUUCACCUGUAAUUCCAAUAGAAACUAAAGUAUCAGAACAUUUACUAUUCUCCCCUCAUUCUCCAAAAUCAUAUAUAGAAGAAGUUAAGCGACAAUCUGAAAAAAGGAGACUUGCUGAGCAAAAUGGCCUAACAAAACCCGAUGAACUUAAUCCAAAUCAGAGACAAAGUAAGCUUCCAUUUAAAAAGAAGCCGAAAAAACAAGUUGAAAAGCCAUCAAUGAUUCCGAUUUUCAGUAAAACAGCUGAUAUAGCAAGAUCAAAGUCUCCAUCUCAAAUUCCAUCAAAGAAGAAGUCUAAAAUGUCUAACAAACAUCGAUCAAGCUCAGUAAGAGUCUCAAAUUAUGGAAAUGAAAUGAAUUUCAGUCCUCAUCAAAAGCAGAACAAUGAUGACAAUAUAAGGUAUAAAAGUACCGAAAGGAGCAUUGAUAAAAAUCCGAAAUUAUCAGAUGAAGAAAUCAAAAUUAACGAACAGAAAACAACCAAGCGAAAAUCAGAACCUAUGGAAAAGAACCUUCCGCCUCCAAGGCUUGGAAAGAAGCGAGCAUCUUCUCCUGCAAAUAAUGAAUUUACUCCUCUCCGAAAAAGCGCAAUCCUGCUUGAAGAAGGCAAUGAAAAAGAACUGGUUGAUCAAAUAUCCAAAUACCUUGAUCAGAAUAGAACAAAAGAAUUAUUUUCUCAAAUGAGAUAUAUUGUUCCAGGACUUGUAAUUACUCUUAACUGCAAGUCUAGAGCUCUAUCUAAUAAGUCCAUGUCUCUGAUUUCGACUCUGAUGGAUAUUUUCCCUAAUGAAUUUAAGUCUUCUCUUCAAUCAAUGUUUGAAAUACUAUUUGGCGGCUUAUUAAGUGAUAUUGUAGCAUCAGAUAAUGAAGAGCUGCUCGAAAAUCUUCUCUCUACAAUUAGAAAAAAUUAUAAUUCAAAUGAUCUCAUUGCAAUCGUUCUUACUCAAGUUCCUUCAGCGAGACUAACUAAAUUUGCAGCUUCCUUAACCGAAAAUCCUAAAACUGAUCUAUCAAAUUUAGUUGUUGCUAAAAAACUUGCGAAAUUAGGAAUAAUGCACAUGAAAUCAUGCCCAGAUGAAGCCCAAACAAUACUUGUUUCCAUCGCCCGCCAAAACAGAAACGUUCUCACUGACCUUUCCCAUGAAUAUGACCUUCUAACUUCGGAAUAUUUGAACUCGAUUUUGAAUUAUUCGGAUGCGAAAUCUCAAGAAAGUCCUGAUAUUGACUCAGAAAGUAACAUAGAACUAUUGUGCUCUAAUGUUAGACAGUAUUUAAGAAAUAUCAGCGCUGCUGAAUACGUAAAAACAUCAAAAAAGUUUUAUGCAUCACUUGUUAAUGCAGUUCAUCACCACAAUGAUGUUAUUGAAGAUGCUGAUAAGCUUUUUGGUGUUAUGUGCGACUGUCUUGAUCAAAAAGGCUGCGAUAAUUUUGAAAUUCUUCUUGAGUGCGCAAUAUGUCAAAUUGAUAUGGACAAAUCAACUCCGAACUCUCAAAAACUGAUCAGAUUAUUAGAGGCAAGAGCAGAUUCUGAAAAACUAGUUGGAUUUUUCCUUAAUGGAAUUAAUUCAACAAAUAAAAUGGCAUCGCAAUAUGUUGAUGAGCUUUACUCUGUGAUUAAAGCGAACCCAGAUAAAAUUAAGCCUUUCGUUCGGCAGAUCUCGAAAGUUUUAUGCGAUAAUGUUAAUCAUAUUAAUACAUUUGUUCGAAAAAGUGUUGUUUUUUGUAUUGCAUUGCUAAUCCAUACGUAUGGAGAAAUAGCUGAGCAAGUCACACGAGAUUUGGAUAUUUCAAAGCAAAGAUUGAUUUCGUUAUAUGUUAGCAAGCUUAAUCAAUAA